AAGAGAGCAUUGGCAGUCACAGAUACAAUCCGAGGACGAGACAGAGACCCGACCCCGGCGCAAAUAAAAUAGGCUGAAAGAAACGGGAGAGACAGCUCCAGGGUGAGUUCCAGAGAGACAGACCCAGAUAGACUAAGGCCGAGACCGAGAUUCACUCAGCGAACCUGAGCCCCGAGCCCGCAGGCCCCGGCAGCGAUCGCGGACAGAGCCAGGAGGUGGAAAGCGGAGGGAGGAGGAGCGCGCCGGAAGGGAGCGGACCGCGGGGCGCCCCGCCGCCCCGCCCAGCCUCCCCGCCCCGCCCCGCUCACAAGUGGUCGCCGCAGGUGGCUGUGCGCCCCCCCGCCCGCCCUCGGGCCCGACGCGUGCGGGAUCAAAGCGGCCGGGAAGGGGCGGGGAGGGUAGGUGGCAGGAACCUGGAGGUGUUAGCGAGCUUCCCAGGGGAUGGCAGGAGCGUGGGAGCGCAGAGUCCCGGGAGCCGACAGAGACUCGGAGAGACGACGAGAUACCAGAGACCCGAGACAGCCAGAGGCGGAGAUGCAGACGCCAAGACGCGGAGAGACGCGGAAUCAGAUGCGGAGGGUCGAGACCACCGACACCCAGAGAGACCCAGGGCAGAAGUCGCUGAAGAUCUGGAAAAAACGUGAGAGAUACAGAGAUGGAGAAGCUAAGAGGCACUCAGAGACCCGGAAAGGAGGCGAGACAAAAAAAGGCAUAGACCCAUAGGCUUAAGAAAAGGAAGCGUGCUUCAGAGAGAACGGAAAAUAACAGAGGAAGAGAGGUGGAAAGAACAAGGGAUUUAGAGUGGGGGGCGGGGAGACCUGGCCCCUCCCCCGCGGGGUGCCGAGAGGACCCCCGGGGCAGGGAUCCGAGCACGGUGUAGUUUCUCAGGGUCACGCCUGCGGAGGUGCGGGCCGGGGGCGGAGGGAGGGGGGUGUGGAGGCUGCAGGGCCCCCAGGCUGGGAGGAGGGGAGUGUGAGGGCGUGCAGAAUUGGAGUUUAGGCCUGGGGCUGCAAACUCUGCUAUAGUCAAAAGGCUAAGAUUAAUAUUUGGUAGAAAUAUUUAAGUGAAGAUGUUUCUUAGAAAUGCUACCAAAUAUAUUAUUCUCUUUUUGAAGGGAAGAAAAGAAAACCAUACUUGUGCAUUGGCCGGGAAUCGAACCCGGGCCUCCCGCGUGGCAGGCGAGAAUUCUACCACUGAACCACCAAUGCGCGGCUUACAGGUUUUACCGGGAUCCUAUCUGAGAUUGUAAGAGGUUGCGGCGGAGUGGGACAGGCAACGGCGUAGGCCAGGGAAGUGGUCCCGAAUGGUUGACGUGGGUGGAGCGCCAAGUCAUCCUUCCUCUGGUCCGGAUCCGGCCACCGGGCCAUAAAGCCGCCCCAUAUGGCCAGGGGCGGCCCCACACCCGGGUGCGAACAGCCGGGGGCCCCCAGCCUCGCGUGCAGGCACUUUGUCCUGAAGCCCCCGAGUGGUCAGGCAUCGUUCUGCGGAGGGUCAUGCUCUUAGUUUGAGAUGCUGAAGCCGCUUGUGGAGAAGCGGCGCCGGGACCGCAUCAACCGCAGCCUGGAAGAGCUGAGGCUGCUGCUGCUGGAGCGGACCCGGGACCAGAACCUCCGGAACCCGAAGCUGGAGAAAGCGGAGAUACUGGAGUUCGCCGUGGGCUACUUGAGGGAGCGAAGCCGGGUGGAGCCCCCGGGGGUUCCCCGGUCCCCAGUCCAGGACGCCGAGGCGCUCGCCAGCUGCUACUUGUCCGGUUUCCGCGAGUGCCUGCUUCGCUUGGCGGCCUUCGCGCACGACGCCAGCCCGGCCGCCCGCGCCCAGCUCUUCUCCGCGCUGCACGGCUACCUGCGCCCCAAACCGCCCCGGCCCAAGCCGGUAGAUCCGAGGCCUCCAGCGCCGCGCCCAUCCCUGGACCCCGCCGCACCGGCCCUUGGCCCCGCGCUGCACCAGCGCCCCCCAAUGCACCAGGGCCCCCCUAGCCCGCGCUGUGCAUGGUCCCCAUCCCUCUGCUCCCCGCGCGCCGGGGAUUCUGGCGCGCCGGCGCCCCUCACCGGACUGCUGCCGCCGCCACCGCCGCCUCACAGACAGGACGGGGCGCCCAAGGCCCCGCCGCCCCCGCCGCCCGCUUUCUGGAGCCCUUGGCCCUGAGCCUUGGGGGGUGGUGGGGGCGGGGUCUAGAGGUGGGGUAGAGACUCCAGCCCGAGGGCAGCAGAGGGACCCGGGCGUCCGGGCGAGCAGGCGUUGGGGAGGGCGGCGGGGCGCGCGGGCUCAGCGCGUGGUAAGAUGUGGUCUAUAUUAGAGUAUCUAUAUAAAUAUAUAUUUCCCUGGUUCCUGUCCCUUUUCCCUGCCCCAACUUCUCCCUUGCGUCUAGGAUUGUACUCUCUCUGCCCCUCAGCCCAGCCCCAGUCCCUUCCCGAGUCCCUAGUGCAUGGAAUAAAGUGGUUAUUAAAUCCCCGUGUGUCCCCGAGCCAGGGGCCUGCCUUUAUCUCGACGUCCACGCCCACUUUCCCUUCCCUUCUGUCUCCCACCCUCAGUCCUGCUCUCCAUGGCCCAAGCCCCGGGGCAGACAGGUAAGUAAAGAAGAGAGCAGAGCGGGAACUGAGAUCGAAAUUGAAACCAGGUGGAAAGAGAGAGAGAUAGGGUAGGGGGAGAAGGGAUGGGGGCCUUAAGAAAAAAACGGAUAAAAAGGAAACAUUGAAAUAAAAUCGACUCUGGUGGGAUUCGAACCCACAACCUUU